AAUGUGUGAAUCCCGUCGACGUCAGCGUGCUGCCUGAGGCUGCCAGUGCUGGUGAGCUGAUCAGAUUCGUUUGUACCUAGCCAGCAAUCGUGCUCACAAAGUAUCACAGGCGUCUCGAAUCACUGCCGGUUGCUGCGCCCAAACAGAUUGAUCCAAGAUGGCCAUGGCCGCUGCUUCCCGCACGGUGGUCAACUCCGUUCCUUGCUGCGGGCCAGUUGGGCCUGAUUCCAAGUUGAUGGGCGGGCAGAGGCUGACGCCGCUGUUAGGCAGGACCAGCUUGGAAGAUGCCACCGGUGUCAACUUUGUGAGACACCUCGUGGGUGGCGCGGUCAAAAGUGGUAAUGGUGGGAAAGGUGUGCAGCAGCUCCGGGUUAGCGCAGUAGCCUCCACAGAGGCAGCGCCACAGACCAAAGUGUCACCAGGUGGUGUGGAGAAGACGGCUCCUUUCCCCGACCUGCCCCUGUCUGAGCUUGAUCCCGAGGUGGCGUCCAUCAUUACAAGGGAGAAGGACCGCCAGUUCCGGGGGCUUGAACUGAUUGCCUCUGAGAACUUCACGAGCAAGGCGGUGAUGCAGGCGGUGGGGUCCUGCCUGACCAACAAAUACUCAGAGGGGCUGCCAGGGAAAAGGUAUUAUGGUGGCAACGAGUUCAUCGACGAGAGCGAGGUGCUGUGCCAGCAGAGGGCCCUCGCCGCCUUUGGCUUGGACCCCAAAGAGUGGGGUGUCAACGUGCAACCUCACUCUGGUUCUCCCGCUAACUUCGCUGUCUACACCGCCCUCCUGCAGCCGCACGAUAGGAUCAUGGGACUAGACCUGGCGCACGGAGGCCAUCUGACGCACGGGUUCCAAACUCCGAAGCGGCGUGUUUCAGCCACGUCGGUGUACUUCGAGUCAAUGCCAUACCGGUUAGAUGAGUCGACGGGGCUGGUGGACUAUGACACGCUGGAGAAGAACGCAGCGCUCUUCAGGCCGAAGCUGAUUAUUGCGGGAGCAAGCGCAUAUGCCAGGGACUUUGAUUAUGCUCGCAUGAGAAAGAUUGCGGACAGCAUCGAUGCGUUCCUGAUGGCGGACAUGGCGCACAUCAGCGGCCUGGUGGCGGCGGGCGUGGUGCAGUCCCCCUUCCCGCACUGCCACAUCGUGACCACCACCACACACAAGUCGCUGCGGGGGCCCCGCGGCGGCGUCAUCUUCUUCCGCAAGACCGAGCACAAUGGGAUCAACAUCGAGACGGCCAUCAACCAGGCCGUCUUCCCGGGCCUGCAGGGCGGUCCCCACAACCACACAAUCGGCGGCCUUGCCGUGGCGCUGAAGCAGGCGGCCACUCCUGCUUUCAAGGAGUACCAGCGGCAGGUGGUCGCGAACAGCCGGGCGCUGGCGGGGCGGCUGCUGGAGCUGGGCUACACCCUCGUGUCGGGGGGGACCGACAACCACCUCGCGCUCGUCGACCUGCGACCAAAUGGCAUUGACGGCGCGCGCGUGGAGAAGGUGCUGGACCUGGUGUCCAUCACGCUGAACAAGAACAGCGUGCCGGGGGACAAGAGCGCUGUCACCCCGGGGGGCGUGCGCAUCGGCAGCCCCGCGCUGACCACGCGCGGCUUCCAGGAGGACGACUUCGUGCGCGUCGCGGAGCUCAUCCACGAGGGGGUGCAGCUCACCAUCAAGGCCAAGGCCAGCUGCCCCGGACCCAAGGUGAAAGACUUCCUGGAGUACGUCGAUUCCGACAGCUUCAGCGAGAGGGCAACGCUAGAGGACUUGAAGGCAAGGGUAGAAGCGCUGGCCACGCAGUUCCCAAUUCCUGGGGUAUGAAACUGGAGCCAAGCCAAAUUGGAAGCAGGUUGUCUAUAAACGAUUCGAAAGAUGAGAGGUACAGUUGUAGCGUCAGAUAGGGCAUUUAUAACCAAAAGGUUCGAUUACAUGCGCUCUUCCGAGUUUAGAGACGAUCCGACGCGUCAAUAAGGAGCCGCCUGUUUGAGCUUAGCAUGGCGCACCACCGCGUCCAAUCACGACAAUCUCAGGUUGAUGUCUCCCUCGAUCCGUAAGUUUCAAACAUAGCGAAUCAACGUAUCUGUACAUUAUUUCCUUUGGUAUCUCAGCGUGGAAGGCACACUCAGCACAUAGUCACGACAUUCGCCCUGGUCUUUCUCAUGGCUGUGCACGCCAGAAACCCG